AUGGGCAUAUUUUUCCCGCAUUUGAAUAUGCUGAAAUUCCUGGUCAUUUUAGUAAUUAUAGCACGAACGUCAGCUGCCCCAAUAUUCUUCGGUUUGCUUAAGGAUCUGCUCGGACUUGGCACCACCAACUACAACUCAAAUUCAAACAAGAAUUUGAAUUAUGGAUAUGGUUAUGGAUACGGAUACGGCUUUCCCAAUUAUGGAUAUGGAUACGGAUAUGGGGGAGGGAGCAAUUAUGCUUCUAACAAUGCUUAUCCUUAUGGAAACCCUUAUGGUUAUCCAUAUCCAUAUCCGUAUUCGGAAUAUCCAGAUAUGGAUCCAAAUGGAAAUGUGCGUGGUCGAUAA